CCGAAAUUAAUCUGCGCUCUUUCGCCGACCAUGAUAGCCACUUUAACUUGAGAGGAAACUAGCGACGACACCCAAGUCACGUGUAACGAUCACAGGAGCGCGUUUGUUUUCCGACUUGGAUUCGAUUCGGAAUCUAAAUUCACUCGUGCUUUCUCGAGUCUCGCGUUUUCCCAUUGCAUCACCAGUUCCUCACCAGUCUCCGCGUUGUAUGACGCGGCUGCUCGCAUGUCCGCACUUGAAUCUGCCAAAGAUGACCCGGAGCUUUCCUUCUCACCAGUAUAGUCAAUGUCGACAGCCUCCGCUCAUUCCGUUGACUCGCGACAUUCUGUCACACAGCGCUCAAACUUCGACGUUGAGGACAUAUCUUAUUUGAUUGAGCAUUACGAUGAGGAAGGGAAGCGCAAACGCGACUCGACAACCAGUCAAGAGAUAGCUGGUCCCAAUCGUGGAUUCAAGUCUGCACGGUUGGCUACUGACGAAGAUGACAUCAGCACCCCAGCACAUUCACCCAGUCACGAGAGGUUAUUCGCGUCAAUGAAACUCCCGUACGGGGUACUGUAUGAGAUAGCCCGCUUUGCCUCAACCAAAGGGUCGGGAUACGAGACCCUUGACAAGACUCGAUUACCCGAAUUGCAAGGGCUCAAGACUGCCGAUGCAGUUGCGAAGGUGCCUGCGCUGUUUGGAAUCGCGAUCUCUGCCGUGGAUGAAGCUUCAACUCGCGAGUUGGCCGCCAAGGCACCCUGGAAGGAACUUGAUUUAGAGGAUGAACAUCUUGCCAGGGACACAUACUCAGGGUUGGGCUUGAGCCUGGAGGCACCAGACUGGUUUGGGGGCAAGGUUCACUUCUUGGGGAAAAUAAGCAAAGAUGGCAAAUCCUUCAAGGUCUCUCUCAAACAAGCGGAAUUGGGGCCUUCUGACCGCUUUGCUCGGCGGUGGGGAUCAAGUCACUUUCUCACUCUCAAUCUCUCCAAGGAUGUUCUUAAUCAGGGACCCAAACUUGUCAAGUUUCUAUCUCGGCCUUUCGCACUUGGCAGAUCGAAUUCCGCUCCUGUGCUCCGAUUAGAGGAAGUUUGUAUCCACAACAUCCCCGAUAUCGGUCAGAAGUCUUCUUUGUUCCCUCCUUCUGGACUCACAUUCCCAGUAGUUUCUGAACAAGAUAGUGAUAUGACGGAUGGUGCUGGAUUGAUCAAUAAAGCUGCCUUGCGUUUGAUCCAUCAUCGAUUGGACAUGGAAAGAUGGCCAACUGCAAUCCAAUGCCGUGUUGUCGGGGCCAAAGGCUUACUUGUGAUGCACCCUAACAACGUUGACGAGACUCCGACAAUUUGGAUUCGUCCGUCACAGAUCAAAGUCAAGCAUACGCAGCAUUCCGACCCGACUCUGAGAACUAUCGACAUGCUUCGCUCUUCCCACGCUCAAACGCGCUGUCGGUUGCCUGUGGAGACUAUCAUCAACUUGGCGGAAAAUGGAGUACCGGCAUCUGCAUUUAUGGCGGCCAUUGAGGAAGCUGUCGUCACUGCGCUCUCCCCUUUGGUCAAAUGGGACGGCAGUGAAGAUGCUAUGCUUGACUUGUGGGUUGCUGUUUGUCAAGAAGGAGGGGUGAUGCCCGCUCGAGCAGCUCGGAAAGACACAGUGCUUGCUCGGCUCAAAGGCUAUUCAGAAACAUCACGCAAAGACAAGGAGGAGGAAGAUGACGACGAGGAUCUCGCCGAGCAGCCUUCUAGCACUGCAUGGUGGGUGGACCAGACCUCGGGAUGCCCAUCUUCGCUGGAAGAAACAGUGUUGUACCUAUUGGACUCUGGUUUCAAGCCUCAGGAUUGCAGUGUUUUGCGCGAAAAGCUGUCAAAAGUUGUUGACAACUGCGUGAAACGGUACAUCGAUUCUUUCCGCAUUGAUCUGCCCAUCGGGAUGUCUGCUAUGGCCUUCUUGGUUCCCGACGAACUUGGAGUACUGGGGGAAGGCGAAUUCUUUUUCAAGAGCUCAAGGCACGACCUGCAGACCGGAGAUGGGAUGCCGACGGAUAUACUCAUCGGACCUGCUCUCAUCACUAGACAUCCCUACCGACCGAUGUGCAGAAGGCACGUCCCUGUCCAUUUUGCUCUUCAUGAUGUUAAGGAACGACGCAUCCAGUGGACGGCAGUGGACAAGCCCGAACUGCGUCAUUUCACGGAUGUGAUCGUGCUCUCGACCAAAGGCCCUAGACGAGCAGCGGACUUCCUUUCCGGUGGCGAUUAUGACGGGGAUAAGGGCUUACUCGUUUGGCAUCCAAGCUUCGUUGACCCCCAUUUGACCAUCCAACAGGAGCCUGUCGGAGUUGCGAGUGCAUUUUCGCCGAACAACGAGCUGGUCGCUGAAUUUUUGGAGCGGACCCGAACGAUGACACCCGCUCAACAACUGUCCGAGAUGCAAGCCUAUCUGCUCAGUGCAGUGCUUAACAUUUCGGUUGUGGGAAAGUAUUCCAACUGGCAUCUGAACGCGCUCUAUACGCUUGGGUACAGAGAUCCUGAAACCAUCCGUCUCGCAUACAUGUUCUGCAAGACGUUAGAUGGUGCGAAGACCGGAUUAACAGUACUCCCGCAACAAUUCGAGGAUGACAGACGUAAAUAUGACAAGAGACCACCCAAGUGGCGAGAGGCGGAGAAAAAGAAGAACCAAGACAGCUCCAAUCUACCGCACUUGACCCGAGACACUCAAAAACUGGGGCCGUUCAUAAUGGACAUCCUCUACCGACAUUCUGACAAGACGAGAUGGGGAACAACCUGGGGCCAGGAACUGAAAGCCGACAUUGAUCGCAAGUUCAAGGGAACUGAGCACGUUGUUGACCAGGAUCUGGUCUCCCCGUGGCUUCAGUUUGUGGAAAGGGAUGAGGAGAAGCAAAAGACUGACGAGAGACGACGUGCCACAGUGAUCAUGCUUGCCACGCACACGCUUUCGAUCGUUGGGCUACCUGAGAACGACAGGCACCUCGCAGAGGAGGCACUCUCGGUCGCACAGAAUCCGCCUUUGAGCGACAGGGAGCUCAUCUUGGAACAUGUCAGGAUUGUCUCCCACAAGCAUAAGCAGAAGAUUGGUCCCCAUUUCACAAAGCUUCCCAUCGAGAAACGGCAGGACAUUUUGAGGGAGCUCUCCCGAGAUUUCGCUUCAAAUCUUGCAGGCUUAAAACUCGAACCGCCGGAGGCAGCGCGCCUGAAAGCAUCCUGUGCGUACUGGUACGACUCUGACAGUCGCGCAGGACUGAAGAGGCUGAAAUGGUCCCGCUUUCCCUGGGAUGUGGCUUUUCGUGAAGCUCGUGCUCACCUCGCCAUCUUCGGCCAGCAAGUUGACUCUUGCUCAGGGAAAGUCCGCCUCUCGAAAUGGUUCACGACAACUGCGCCCAAGGCCAAGGCGAAGAUUGUGAAGGACGUGACGCAGUUGGUCCUUGCUCGGCGCACGAGAAUGUGUAACUUCCUGGAGUACAAGGACACGAAGGUCGUCUACCGCCGAUACGCCUCCUUAUUCUUCGUCACCGGUAUCAGUUCGAGUGACAAUGAAUUGGUGACUCUCGAGAUCAUACAUCGAUACGUAGAGGUGUUGGAUCGAUACUUUGGAAACGUUUGCGAGCUGGAUUUGAUCUUCAAUUUCCAAAAAGCAUACGCUAUUCUAGACGAAUUGAUCAUAUCGGGAGAGCUGCAGGAGUCUUCCAAGAAAUCUGUACUAAGAGUGGUCACACAAUCCGAUACAGUGGAAGAGCAGGAAACUUCGGAGGAUUCAAUGGCACGUCUAGGGUCGCGCAGUGGAUAGGCGCGAGUCGGGUUAGAAUCUUGACAUUCUUCUAUGGCAUUGGUGUCAGCUGCGACUGUCCCCAGGGCCAAAUCUGUCCUGUACCGUAGUUAUACCAUAAUCCUGACGUUGGGGCGGAGCUGACUGCCGUCGAUCCGCGUUUUGUAUGUUCGGCCUUA